UCUUACUCUUUUAACUUUUUCACUCUUAAAUAACUAUGUUCAAUCCAAGCAAACCCUUAUCAUUUAACUGCUCAUUUCACUAUCCAUUUGUUUUUUAAUACUUUGGUGCUUUUUUUUAUAAGUGUACGUGGCGCAAACGGACACGCACAAUUAUCCAAUUACAAAAUUCUAUUUGGCGGGAAUUAUAUAACAAGGAAACACCAAUUUUGCGAUAUUUUUCCAUUCAUCCUCAACCUUAGAGGUUUCACAGUCACAAAACAAGCUUCAAACACGCAGAAAAAUGGCGAAACCAGCAGAAAUGGAAGAUAACCAACAAAAUUGGAGAAAAGAAGUUGAUACUAAUGUCAAAAGACUUCAAUCUCUUAUUUUCGGCGCUGAUUUGGCUUCAAAAAAUCGUGAUUUUUCUUCCGCACAUCUUCUCAAUCUUCGUCUCCUCGGAUUCCUUGAAUCUCACUCUCAAAACGACGUCGAUGCUUCGUUUCUUCAUCCUAUUCGUCGCGAUGCCUUAUCCAAGCUUGCUGCUGCUCGACGUGAACUUACUCCUGGUUCCGAUCGCCAAGCAUUUGAAGCCGCAGGUGUUCCUCAAGGAAAAAUAUUCUCCAUGAAUGUAGAUGUUGACAAGAUCAUACAAUCAAAGUAUUUUCAAGCCCUUACACAGCAUUCAUCUAAAGCGGAAACAAGUGAAGUGGGAGGCCAACAGGAUACGAAUGUCAGAUUGACUAAAAACAUGCCCGGAAGCACCAGUGAGGGAAACAACAAGAUGUCCAGAAAUAAUGAUGGUCAAAGUAGCUCAUGUACAUCCAAAAAUAAUGAUUUUGAUGACAUUGAUGUUUUGCAAAAGGUUUAUGCAUCAAACCAUCCUCGAGGGAACUCCAUGCUUGCUCAUGCUGAAGAAGAAAGAACAAUUGGUAACCAUUUGGGAGUAAAGCGCCCUCAUAUGGAUACAAGGAGCCCCAGAAAUGAAUGCAUCCGAUCACCUUUGAACAACAAGGAUACCAACAGAGAAGUCUCAGGGAAUGCAUUUGUUACCGCCAAAACAAAAUUGGAAAUGGAAAUGAAGCAAAGAAGAGGAUUGGGGGGUUCACCAAACUAUUCUCUUUCUCCCCACAAUGAUUACAAUUCCAACACUCGUUAUUAUGGUGGAAAAUCUUAUGGUGUAUCACGUCGUGGAGUUCGUGGUAAUUUUAUUCCUCCGAUAAGGUCUAAUGGGAACAAUACCGGAAUGACCGCAAGAAAUGGUGGAAAGGGUGAUGAUGCUUUAGAGGACUCAACCAAAAAAUGUUUGGAAAUGUUGUGUGGUCCUGAUGGGGAGCUACCAGAGAAGCUAAGAAAUUUGGAGCCUCGUCUUAUUGAACACGUUAGUAAUGAGAUCAUGGAUCGAGACCCCAAUGUUCGGUGGGAGGACAUUGCUGGUUUAGACCAUGCCAAGAAAUGUGUGAUGGAGAUGGUGGUUUGGCCUCUGUUGCGACCUGACAUUUUCAAAGGAUGUCGUGCUCCAGGAAGAGGCCUACUAGUCUUUGGUCCACCUGGAACUGGCAAGACAAUGAUAGGGAAGGCUAUAGCUGGAGAAGCUAAGGCAACCUUUUUCUACAUAUCUGCUAGUUCUUUGACUAGCAAGUGGAUAGGGGAGGGUGAAAAGCUAGUGAGAGCACUUUUUGGAGUCGCCAGUUGCCGUCAACCAGCUGUUAUAUUCGUUGAUGAAAUAGAUUCCCUUCUAUCACAGCGUAAAUCAGAAGGUGAGCAUGAAGCAAGUAGGAGACUAAAGACACAGUUCCUCAUAGAGAUGGAAGGCUUUGAUAGUGGAAAUGAACAGAUUCUACUAAUAGGAGCGACAAAUAGGCCCCAAGAACUUGAUGAAGCAGCAAGGAGGCGACUAACAAAACGGUUGUAUAUACCACUUCCAUCAGCAGAAGCAAGAGCCUGGAUUGUACAAAAUCUCCUGGAAAAAGAUGGGUUGUUUAGACUCUCGAGGGAGGACAUGGAUAUGAUAUGCAAAAUAACUGAAGGCUACUCUGGAUCGGACAUGAAAAAUCUUGUAAAGGAUGCUUCCAUGGGCCCACUUAGAGAUGCUUUGAAGCAUGGCAUAGAAAUUACAAAAUUAAACAAGGAGGACAUGAGACCAGUAACGCUACAGGAUUUUAAAGAUGCAUUGCAGGAGGUCAGGCCGUCAGUUUCACCUAAUGAACUUGGUAUAUAUGAAAGCUGGAAUAAACAAUUUGGAAGCUUGGCACUUUAGCACCAGCCUAGGUAAAUGACCUGAAAUGAUUAAGCAAUGUGAUAAAAUCCAACAUUCACUGUUAUACUAAGUAUUAAAAAGACAUAGGUAGUGUAUUGCUUAAGAACUAUAUAUUAAUAAGCUGAAGUUUAGUUUUAGCUCAACUUGUAUCUCCGCACGAGCUAUGGGUUACACACCAAAUCUUUCUAGUGCAUUAUAAACGACCAAAAGCAAGAAAAUUUUUGCUUCAAUUAUUUUUUGCGAGACAAAUAAUGUUUGGUCUAGUGGACAGAAUUUCAAAAGGAAAAAAAAAUAGAGGAUGAGACUUAUUGCUAAAUGUUUUCCCAUUCUAAGGUUUAGGUGGUGCCAAAAUGGCAAACUAUCUACAGAGUGUAACUUCCUUGUCUUGUCUUGUAGUUUGGAUUGGUUGAUUUCAUUGUUGGUGUAUUGUAGCUCUUUACCUUUCAUAAUAUACAAUAUAAUCGUGUACUUCAGUUCUA